GCGUAAAGGCAAAUCCACCGUUUCCUGCAAGAGGAAACCAGAAAACAAGAAGCAAAUGGGCAAAGAAAAUCAGUACUGGCUUCUCAAAACUGAGCCAGGAGAGUGGUCAUGGGAAGACCAAGCUUCCAAUGGAGGCAUGACCAACUGGGAUGGCGUCAAAAACAAGCAAGCCCAGAAACACCUCAAGGCCAUGAAACUUAAUGACCUCUGCUUCUUCUACCACUCCGGUGCCAGCGCUCGUCGCGUUGUUGGUGUAGUGUCUGUAGUGAAAGAGUGGUAUCAGUCUGGUGAGCAUGAGGUAGUGGUGGAUGUUCAGGCAAUUGGGGAGAUGAGGAGGCCAGUGGACUUGAAGGAAAUGAAGGACAACGAUAAGUUGAAGGGUCUAACUUUGUUUAGACAACCUAGGUUGUCUGUUGUGCCUAUUUCGAAGGAGGUUUGGGACAUCGUUUGUGAAUUGGGAGGUGGGUAUGAAGGAGAUGGGAAUGCUGCUGAUGGUGAUGAUGAUGAGGAGGAGGAUGACAAUGGAGGAGAAGAUUAGAUUCUAGUGGAUUUUGGGUUUUUUAAUGUAAUGUAUGGAUCCCUUGUAGUGUAAUAGCAUUAGCUAGUGAAUGUGGGAGGGAUCAGAUGGUGCAAACUUGCAAAUAUUAUGUGUUUGUUUUUUUGUCUGUAUGAAAAAAUAUAUGAAAUGAAGUCUAUGAAUUUCAUUUUCGUUGGCUAA